AGCGAGAGGUGACGUCACAAAGCCACGUGUUUCGUGGCAUGAAGCACAUAAAGGGAUUCGAAAACGUCAGAAAGGACAGUGAUGGCGUCACGUUGCAGAAAGUCUUUGAACAAGAAGUUAGUUUCACAUUUUAGUUUUUAGCGAUUUCAACGAGGCUCAAACUACUUUAUCACAUUAUACUACAUCCACUAUCAUUAUAAUUAUUACACAAUUAUUAAUUAUUAUAGACUUAUAGACUAAAACAAAAGUGACAACAACCUAACCUAAAUCAAAUCUUCACCGAAUAUAAACAAAUAAAAAGAGGUGUAUAUUAAUGUGUUUUUAGACGUUGUUUGUCUCCGGUAGUGACGUCACUGAUGCGGCUGUCGAGGGAUGGAGCUCAGUUUCUUCAUAGAUGUUGCCAAUGACAAACUGACUUCAACAACCACCUCGUCAGUGCAGUCAGUUUAACAGCUCAGAGAGAUUCCUGUAACGACAAGAUGACGACCCAGGAGGAGACUGAUCUGAGAGCAGACUCUGGACUGGAGUUAGCAAAAGAAGGACGGAGAAAUAGAGAAAAGACCCAAGGUACGAAACACUAUCUGUCCGAGGUACUGCGGGAGAAGGAGCGUCGAGCCCAGCAGCAGCUGGAGCGCUGCGCUGAGGAGCAAAGGAGGAAGAUGGAGGAGCAGAAGAAGAAGGAUAAGCGACGUAGAGUGGCUGCAGAGGAGAAGAGGAAGAAGUAUCAGGAGGCAGAGAAGGAGAGGCUGGAGGCCAUGGUCCGUCGGAGAGCUGGGACCAGUGAGACCAGUGCUGGAGGAGGUGCUUUGGAGCAGCUGGACAACAGGCCUAAACGCUGGACUUGGGGAGGACCACCAGAUGGAGCAGAGGGUAAACCUAAAACCCCGCUGUGCCAUGCCAUUGGCUCUGCUCUGCCCAAUGAGCUUCCUGCUGCUCCUCGUGCCAACCAAUCCCGCUACGUUGCUGACUUCCUGUCUCCGCCUCCUACGGAUGCACCAAUGAACAAACAGUUGUCGAACUCUUCAGCUGCGCUUCAUUCACCAGAGAGAGUGUCUUCUGUGUCUCAUCCAACAGCUUCCCAGAACAACAACAACCAGAGAGUGAUCAGAAGUUCCUCCAACCGCAAGAGCAUCGCUGGACUUCCAGAAGAGAUGUCCAGAUCCAAGACCCCCUCGGGGGAGACUCCAAACACACCCGUCCGCAGUUCUUCCUUCAAGACCAACGGCAAAGGAACAGCUACACCUAAACGUGUGAGAACGGCCAGGAGUCGGGCUCAGUCACCCUGUUCUCCGGGUCAGUACCCUCCUUCCCCGCUCAGACACAGGGCCUCCACUCCUGGUACUGAAGACAAGGUUCAUCCUGAGGUCAAAGGUCACAGCACCCUCGAGAGAAAAUCCACCAAAUCUGAGAAUUCAGAGAAGAAGAUUCCUAAAUCCACCAGCAGGGAACUAACUGCAGAGUCCCCGUCGACACCUACAGGAGGCAGGAGCGUCGGAGGCACGACAGAUGCUGAGGAGGCGUCAAAGCUGCUGGCAGAGAGACGGCGUCAGGCCAGAAUACAGAAGGAGCUGGAGGAGAGGCAGAGGCAGGAGGAGGAGAGACUGAGGGCUGAGGAGGAGCAGAAGAGACUGCAGGAGGCCAGGGAGCGGCAGCAAAGGGAGGCACAGCAGGCAGAGGAAGAGCGAGCCAGGAGGGAGGAAGAGAGGAAGAGCAGGGAGGAUGAGGAGAGAAAACAGAAGGAGCAGAGGUGGAAGGACAUGGAGGAGCAACUGGACAGAGAGAGGGAGAAAGCUAUUCUUAAGGCCCAGAGAGAAGCUGAGAGGAAGAGACAGGAGAGGGAGCUGCUGCACAUCCAGGAGGAGCAGGAAAGACAGCAGAGGAAGAAGAGAAUUGAAGAGAUAAUGAAAAGGACCAGGAAGAGCGAAGUAGAGACCCCAUCUGGUGCCUUAGGAGCUGAGCCUUCUGCUGCCGUAGAGGAAGAGGAUGCUGCGACUCCCGCUGAAGCUCCUGCCACCACUCCGGGCCCGCUGGAGAGUAAGAGCUGUGUGGACGAGCUGUCAGAUGGAGUCCAGUCCAUGGACGUCAGUUCUCCGUCUGUCUCCAUCAGUCCUGUGUCCAGGGACGAGCACGUCAGUGUCCAUGAGUUCUCACCAGUCACUGAUGGCACGGAUGGCUGUCCCCUGGAGCAGCUGAUGGACAUGGAGGCCCAAGGGCGGGCCCAACGACACAGCGCAGACACGUCUCCUUACCCCAAACUGCAGGCUGGCAGCGGAGUCGGUGACCUCAACAAGAACCUGCUGAUCCAGGCAUACAACGCUGCCUCUGAAUCCUCCCAGCUCAUCCACAGCGUUGGGCCGAGCAAACUGGACGUCCAAUAGGCAGGUUCUUUAAGGAGCAACUGGAGCCAAGAUCAACCUUCUGCCACAGCAACAGUGGCCAAUCCAGCAGAAAACAACAGCUACAUUUGCUCGUCUGUAUUAUCAGAACAUACACGCGUACACACACAUACACACAUGGUGUUGAGCUUCUAGUCACAUGAUCAGGUCGUUGCUUAUGGACAGGAUUUAUUUUUUAAAUGUACAACAGGGUGCAACAAAAUCAUGCUAAUGUGACUCUGACGUAGUAUAACGACUGUACAUUUAUGCUUUAUCUAAUGUAUCUGAAAAAAGACAACUUUGUUAAUGUUUUGGGGAUGAUUUAAGGGAUUGAGCUAUUACUUGAUUGAUGUCACUUUAAAGGUGUAUUUCUGGCAUUUUGAAGUGUGUCUGUUAGAGCCAUAUUAUUAUACACUUGAAUAUAAUUUGUGUCAGCUCCAGUCCCAACCAGAAACGUGACUUUCUCACUUUCCUUCAACAAAAACAAUUGGGAAAAUCAACAAUUUUAGCUUCUCCUAACUUGACUCAGGAACUUUGGUGUACUGCUGUCCCGUGUGGUGAGUUAAGUAAACAUCAGGAGAGCAUUUUAAACCUCAAAUUCACAAGUUGACUGGUGUAAAAAAUGAUUUCUUUUAAGGUCAGUAACAGUGUGAUCAGUUGCAGCAGUUCUCCAUUUCCCAGAGGGUUUUAUGGGAACAUCAAGCAGAAAGAAUGUUUAAAUGACUCAUACAACCACACUUCAAGGAACUCCAACCAUCCUUUUAAUCUGCACACAUUUUGCCACUUUAUCCUUUCAGGCUAUUUGCACAUAUUUUUUGCCACACUUUUACACCUUUUUUUCUUUAAAUCACUGAGACUCAUCGACAUUAAAUAUGAAAGGAUUAUGAUCUGCUGUAAUCUAAAAAGAUGUAAAUAACGACUGAGCUGUGGAGUCAAGAGAGCAGCCGUGUAGCAGUAAAAAAACAGAUGCUGUUGUGGUGAAUUUUGUGUAGCAUCUUCUGCAAGGACCAUAAACUGUAUAUAAGAUGGACAAUGUCCUCAGUUUUGAAAAAAAAGGUUCUACUGGAUGACCAUUAGUGGGUGAUAUUAGAUGAUAAAAGGAGUACAUUCACAUGUAGAUAUUGUGUCUGGUUAGUUGUGUUUCCACUGCAAACUACUUGAAAUUUGAAAUAGUAGGAUUUUAAUGUAAAUUGAUUUUGUUAGGAAUGGAUGCUUGUAUUUCCAAACGUAAUAGUUAUUAUGCAAAUUAGUUCCAAACCUCCAGUCUCCAGUUCUUGGCUAAAAAAACAGUCCCCAGUAAUCCCUGGUACCAGACUUAGUCCUGGUAGUUCUUGGUACUAGUUCCUACAGUGGAAACACCUCCUACACCCCACCACUUCUGCAACAGCUAAUGCACUUUUUUUAUGUUUUCCUGUACGUGUUGGCUUAAGACUCUUCACAUAAGCUCAUCGUCCUUCUUCUGGAUUCUGCUGCAACUCUACAAAAAGAAUGCCUCCUCCUACAAAGCAUCAAAUAAAGGACACCAUGUUUAAUCCUAAUAUAACAUAAAUAAGCCAUGACACUGCAGCUUGGUGAAGUAUAUCAUUGUAGAUGUGGUGCAUGGAUUACUGCUGUAAAAAAGAAAAACAGAACAAUAAAGUUAAUCAUUAAAAUCA